UCUUCCUUCUCAAGUCACACUAAAAUAAUAAGCUUUAAACAAAUAUCCAUUACUUCCAAUGGCCAUUUCUAAAACUCUCUUUGUUUCAUUAGUUCUCUGCUUGCUUCUCCUCGGUGAAGUCCAAUCCAUUCAUACUGAUCAAGUGACUAGCAAUGCCAUUUCUGAAGCCGCUUAUUCCUACAAGAAAAUCGAUUGUGGGGGAGCAUGUAAAGCAAGGUGCCGUUUAUCAUCAAGGCCAAGAUUGUGUAAUAGAGCAUGUGGAACAUGUUGUGCAAGAUGCAACUGUGUUCCUCCUGGCACUUCUGGCAACACUGAAACUUGCCCUUGUUAUGCCAAUAUGACUACUCACGGCAACAGACGCAAAUGCCCUUAAAAUUCUCUGCCUAUUAUUGUUAUCUCAGACUAUACUAUAUGGUCCUGUCCAUAUUGUAUCAAUAAACAAAAUGUAGUAAAUGUCUUUACGAUAUUUCUUUUUGUGUCUUUUCUUUUUGAGGAAUUGUGUCCUCUCCUCUUUGUGAGUUAAUACAUUUGUAAUGCUUUGUAUUCUUGUUUGUAUUAUAUGAGAUGUGGAAUAAAUGAAGUUUGUGUAUAAGUUUUUGAUAUUCUC